GUGUGUCUGGCGAUAACACCGGCGUCGCCGCCGUUAGCAUCAGCCUCCCGGUGGGGCCGAGAUCGCGAGCACGUGUCGUCAUCUGCCCGCCGGGCGCGCCCACGCGUCCAGAUCAGGUGGAGACGGACGGCGAGCACGUCACGGACUCACGGCGACGGUAGCUUUCGGGCGCUCCCGCCAUGACGGCGACGGGCACCCUCCCUCCCCUUCUUCUACCGCCCCACCCCGCGUGUGUGAGGUUCGUUUCGGCUCGCGCCUCUGCUGCUGCUUAGCUUCUACUGCUGCCAUUCGAGCUGGGAACGCGCGCGAAGGUGCUGUAGUGUGUCGAGGUGUUUCGUGUAGGCCUCAGGGUUUCCGUCGCCGACGUGCGGCGGAGGGCAGUGGGAAUCUAGGGCGGCGUCGGGGUCGAGCGAGCGAUUACUUGCCAAUGGCCGAGAUCUGCUGCCAGGAAGCCAAGUCGCCGCCGGCUACCGCCGCCACGGUGGCCACGGUCUCGGCAUCGGCGGCCGCCGCGGCCGUUGCCUCUUCGGUGAUGGACAGGCGGCGCCGCAGGCUGGAGCUGAAGCGCUUCCGCCUCGCGAGCGACCUCGAGCAGUCGGCCGCGGAGUACGCCGGCGCCCGCAAGCGGCCCAGGAUACCGCGCACGGUGUCUGGCCCGUGCCCCGACGCUGCCUCGGCUUCCGAGAACAUGGAUCGUUGCCCGAGGUACGGGUUUUCCUCGGUGUGCGGCCGUCGUCGCGAGAUGGAGGACGCCGUCUCCAUCAGGCCGGGUUUCUUGCCCGGCUCCGGCAAGUCCCACUUCUUCGGCGUCUUCGAUGGCCACGGCUGCUCACACGUGGCGACGACGUGCCAGGAGCUGAUGCAUGAGGCGGUGGCGGAGGAGCACGAGAAGGCGGGCUCCGGCGAGGGGCCUGUGUGGAAGGAGGUGAUGGAGAGGAGCUUCGCGCGGCUGGACGAACGGGCCGCGAACUGGGCGACCACCCGCAGCAGCGAGGAGCCCGCCUGCCGUUGCGAGCAGAAGAUGCCCUCGCGGUGCGACCACGUGGGAUCCACCGCCGUCGUGGCCGUCGUCAGCCCGACCCAGAUCGUCGUGGCCAACGCCGGCGACUCCCGUGCCGUCCUUUCCCGCGCUGGCGUCCCCGUUGCCCUCUCCGUUGACCACAAGCCUGAUCGGCCGGACGAGCUGGAGCGCAUCCAGGCGGCGGGCGGGCGCGUCAUCUACUGGGACGGCGCCCGGGUGCUCGGCGUCCUCGCCAUGUCCCGAGCCAUAGGGGAUGGCUACCUGAAGCCGUUCGUGACGGCGGAGCCGGAGGUGACCGUGACGGAGCGCAGCGACGCCGACGAGUGCCUGAUCCUGGCCAGCGACGGGCUGUGGGACGUGGUGACCAACGAGAUGGCGUGCGACGUGGCCAGGGCGUGCUUCCGGAGCAACGGCCGUCCAGAGCCGGCCACGGCUCAGGCGCAGGCGAGCGGCGAGGCCAAGGCGAGCGAGGGGGUGAGCAAGGCGGAGUCCGACCGGGCGUGCUCCGACGCGGCCAUGCUGCUGGCGAAGCUGGCGCUGGCGCGGGGGAGCUCCGACAACGUGAGCGUCGUGGUCGUGGAUCUGCGCCGGGGAUCGUGAUUCUUGGAGCAGAAUUCGUGCUCCAUGAUUGCUUCUCGUUAUCCUAUUUUUUUAAUCCAUGCUAAUUUCUUCCCUCGUUUCUAAAUUUACAUUUGCUGCCUCGAUGUAGUAGUAUAGAUCUAGUAGUACUAGUUUAUAAUUCUACCCGCCAAAAUGAAGUUGAACAGAUAAGCUCAGCUGUUUCAACUGCA